AUGGAGUUGCCACCUGAAGUUCUCAUCGAGAAAAUCUCUUACUUGCCCUUCAAGCAAGCUGCACGAUUGAGCCUCGUCGCGAAGCGUUGGAGGAAUCUUUAUCGGGAAAUGAAGAACAUCGUCUUCAAAGAAUCCGAUUUCGCGAAAGACCUCUUCUCAUACGACACAGGCACAACGCACGAGAGAGUUUCCUUUGUUCAUCGUAUGGAGCAAUGGAUCUCGAGAUUCCCCGGUAACUCCAUCAACAGAUUCGAAAUUUAUUUCCCCGCACCAUACGGUUUCCAGGAAACGAUCGCUUCUCUCGUCGACAUGGUACUCUCCAAACAAGUCAAGAUCCUGGUUCUUGAUUUCUCGCACCCUGAAACCAGUAUUCACUAUCACGUCGCCGACGUCGUUUUGCCUGGUUGCGUCUACGAUCAAACAACAACAAUCGAGUCGCUGAAGCUCAUCUCUUGCUCCCUCGAUUCCUCCAAGUUCAAGAACUCGACGGUGCUAAGAAGCCUCACGAUUGGUCGACUCGAUCUCAAAGAUGUCACGAUCAUGCUCUCAAAUUUUCCUUCGCUCGAGUGCCUGAGAUUCGUAAACUGCUUGAGCCUUGACUACUACGUUAUGUUCACGCUGAACCAGCGAUUAAGAGAAUUGGUCUUUGAAGAUUGCGACUUCUCUCCGUCGUAUUGCACGUUGGAGCUGCCUCAGGUAGUGAUCGUCAAGUGUUCGGGGAAUCUUCCUUGUUUCACCUUCCAUGGAGUUGUUAGCGAGAGGAUGCAAGAAGCCGAGUUAGAUUUCUGGUUAGAAGGAGCAAGCGUUUAUAGAACUGAAGUAGAUCUUGGUAAGCUCUUAAACGGAGUUUCUCAUGCCAAAACCCUAACAAUUUGCUCUUUUGCCCUUCAGGUGAUUCCAUGUGACGAUGGCGGAUUGUUAUCUAGUUUCGGAACACGGCAUUUAGUGAUGAGAACGAAUCUUCAUCCGUAUGAGCUCACUGGGAUUAGUCUCAUGAUCCAUAAAUGUCCUCUCUUGGAGUCUCUCACGCUGCAAAUCGUUCCUCCAAAACUAAUGGAGGUUUUGUUACCAAAGGAGUUUAACGCAGAUACGUAUUGGCUCGACGAGAUUACGCACGAGUGCUUGGAGAAGACGCUAAAGGUCGUUGUGGUGAGGGGUUUUGGUAACUUGUACGAGUUACAAAUACUGACCUACUUGGUUAAGCAUGGGCUUGUGUUGGAACGGCUUGACCUUUACAUGAGCGAAGAUGAGAUGCUUCGAGUACAGAUGGCUCUGCUGAAUGUCCCGAGAGGUUCGAGCCGCUUACAAAUCACUCUACACAACGCUUGA